AUGGCUCCUCGACGCGGUGGCGGUGGCUCAUUUGGAGGCUUUUCUAGCUCGUCUGCCAGCCAUUGCUCUACAUCUGCCUUUGAAACGACCAUAUCUCGCGUCUAUAUUGCUUUUCACGCGUUAUUCUUUCUGGUCUUCGUCGGGGUAUUCUACUAUUCCACUGUAGUGCGCAAACGCAAGCAGCGAACAGUGCGAGCGCCAAUUCUAUGGAUCUCGCUUUUACGUCUCGAUUACUUUCGCAGUCCUGUACGUCCUCUCUUUUCCUCCGGUUUUCACCACGAUAUUGACUCUGCUAGUGUGACUGCCCUUAAUAUCAUCUUCCUCAGCCUCUCCGAAUGCAAGGUCUUCAGGAACGGUGAAUUCAGUCGCGCGAAUAUCGCAACCGAGUGGCUCCAAGCACUAGCGGACUUCCUCUUGUUCCUGGCAAUCAUGUUUCCUAUUUCCCAGCGUCUGCAUCACGGAAAUAGAACGAUGAAUAAGGUGAUUUUGAUCGUGCAUUCUGCAUCUUUGAGUGUCCUGGCAGCCCUCCUCGUGGUUGCCCUCAGCAUCAGCACAAAGGUUAUUGAUGAUAUAUAUGGGCAUAGACGCAGACGUAUGUCUAGUUCCUAUAAUCUUGACGAAGAUUCGCGGAAUCUAUGGGUGGCGUAUUACGUAUUUGGUGUUGUUGUCUGUAUGCUUAUUGCGGCUGUGACGAUGCUUUCUGCUCUUACUCUGUUCGUGGGUAUUCCCUGUCUCGUGGUCUCCUCCCUGGCUUUGACGUUGCUCCAACUUGCGGGCUACGUCCAAAUGGCAUUUGGCUCCUGGAGUUCCUAUGCUCUUGAAAGGCAUUUGGAGCAGUCGUAUGAGGCGCAGCUGUUCCUACGGUAUUUCUUCUAUGUGUGCACUUUUCUGGGUGUUUUAGUGGUUGGCAACGCUGCGGAGUUUUUUGCUGAUUAUGAUAUCUCUUCGCGGUUUACCCAGGAGCAAACCGAGGUUUAUCAGAGGUGA